AUGUUUAACUACGAACGUCCAAAACACUUCAUCCAAUCCCAAAACCCAUGUGGCUCCAGACUGCAGCCUCCUGGACCGGAAACCUCCAGCUACUCUAGCCAGACCAAACAGUCUUCUAUUAUCAUCCAGCCCCGCCAGUGCAAAGAGCAAAGAUUUUCUGCCUCCUCAACAGUGAGCUCUCACAUCACUAUGUCCUCAUCUGCUCUCCCUGCUUCUCCUCAGCAGCUUGCUGGCUCCAACCCAGGCCAAAGGGUUACAGCCACUUAUAACCAGUCCCCAGCCAACUUCCUCAGCUCCAUAUUACCAUCACAGCCUGAUUACAAUAGCAGUAACAUCCCUUCCACUGUGGACUCCAAUUAUCGACAACCCUCAGUUGGCCAACCUGUAAAUGCUACGCCAUCCCAAAAUGCAAAUGCUAAGCCCGCACCAAGGACUCCUGACCAUGAAAUACAAGGAUCAAAAGAAGCUCUGAUUCAAGAUUUGGAGAGAAAGCUAAAAUGCAAGGACAACCUUCUUCAUAAUGGAAACCAACGGCUAACAUAUGAGGAGAAGAUGGCUCGCAGAUUGCUAGGACCACAGAAUGCAGCUGCUGUGUUUCAAGCUCAAAAUGACAGUGAGGCACAAGAUCCAGCACAGCACAAUUCAGAACAUGCACGACUGCAAGCUCCUACAUCACAAGUAAGAAGUAGAUCAUCUUCAAGGGGAGAUGUGAAUGAUCAGGAUGCAAUCCAGGAGAAAUUUUACCCGCCUCGUUUCAUUCAAGUGCCAGAGAACAUGUCAAUUGAAGAAGGAAGAUUCUGCAGAAUGGACUUCAAAGUUAGUGGACUACCAGCUCCUGAUGUGUCAUGGUAUCUAAAUGGACGACCAGUUCAAUCAGAUGAUUUUCACAAAAUGAUAGUGUCUGAAAAGGGUUUUCAUUCACUCAUCUUUGAAGUGGUCAGAGCUUCAGAUGCAGGGGCUUAUACAUGUGUUGCCAAGAAUAGAGCAGGAGAAGCCACCUUUACUGUGCAGCUGGACGUCCUGGCAAAAGAACAUAGAAGAGCACCAAUGUUCAUCUACAAACCACAGAGUAAAAAAGUUUUUGAGGGAGACUCAGUGAAGCUAGAAUGCCAAAUCUCGGCUAUACCACCACCAAAGCUUUUCUGGAAAAGAAAUAAUGAAAUGGUACAAUUCAACACUGAUCGAAUAAGUUUAUAUCAUGAUAACUCUGGAAGAGUUACUUUACUGAUAAACGAUGUAAACAAGAAAGACGCUGGGUGGUAUACUGUGUCUGCAGUUAAUGAAGCUGGAGUGAUCACAUGUAACACGAGAUUAGAUGUUACAGCCCGUCCAAACCAAACUCCUCCAGCUCCUAAGCAGUUACGCGUCCGACCAACUUUCAGCAAAUAUUUAGCACUUAACGGGAAAGGUUUGGAUGUGAAACAAGCUUUUAACCCUGAAGGAGAGUUUCAGCGUCUGGCAGCUCAAUCUGGACUCUAUGAAAGUGAAGAACUUUAA